AUGACUGACCGUUUCCGCAUGCUAUACGACGGCUCGUGUCCGAUGUGCAGCCGCGAAGUGCUCCAACUCUAUCGCCGGCGGCCUGAUGCAAUCGAACCCGUGGACAUCUCCGCUCCGGACUUUGACGCCGGGGCGUGGGGGUUCGACGCCGAACAGGUCCAAUCCGCCAUAUACGGCAUCAGGCCGGACGGCAGCGUCACCGUGGGCAUGGAAAGCCUGCGCGAAGGCUACCGCCUGGCCGGCCUCGGAUGGAUGCUCGGGUGGACCCAAUGGUGGCCGGCUCGCCCCGCCUUUGAUCUUUUCUACCGUGGAUUCGCCCGUAACCGGAUGCGCAUCGGCAAAUGGCUGGGCCGGUGCGACGGUCAUUGCCGCGUCUGA